AUGGCGGAUGAAAUGCAGGCAGCUGGGCGGAGGAGAGGGAUGACCUUCCCUUGCGAGGGGGAGGAGGCAGCAGCUCCCUGCCUGCGCGGCGAGCGAGAGGCACCUCGCCACUGCCGCUUUCUCUUCCCAUCAGCGCCCUCCCACUCAGCCCCGUAUGGCAGCCCAGGCGCCAUGGCCGAGCCGGCUGCUGUGGCCAGCCUGGAGGAGGACCUGACCUGUCCUGUCUGCCUGGGCAUUUACAGCAACCCCGUGUCCCUGAGCUGUGGCCACAGCUUCUGCAAGGAGUGCAUCCAGGAGGUGCGCAGCCGCCGGCGUUGCCUGCGGGGCCCUUUCAGCUGCCCGCUGUGCUACGCCCAGGCAGACCCCGCUAUGGAGCUGCAGCCCAACGUCCAGCUCCGCAGCAUAGUGCAGAAGUUUUUGGAUGCUCCCGCCCACCAAGAGGAGGAAAAGCACGAAGUGCAAUGUGAAGAGAAGGAGGAAGGUUCAGGCCAGCAAGACGAGGUGAUCCUGUGUGAUUUCUGCCUUCAGGAGCCCCAGCCAGCCAUGAAGACCUGCCUGAGCUGCGAGGCCUCCCUGUGCCAAGCCCACCUGACCAAGCACAGCAUGAAGAGCCCCAUGAGAGACCAUGUCCUGCUGGAGCCCUGUAGUGCGCAGUUGUUGGCUGAGAGGAGGUGCCCCCAGCACGGCAAACUGCUGGAGUGCUUCUGCAAGACAGACUCGCUCUGCAUCUGCAUGCUGUGCUGUGUCACCAGCUCCCACAAGAACCACAAGGUCACCAGUUUGGAGGAGGCUUUUGGCCAAGCGCAGAGUGUUCUUCCUGAAACUCUGAAAAAAGUGAAAACAUACGAAGCUGCGCUGAAUGAAAGCAUAGCAAACCUGCUGAGACAAGAGGAGGAAGUAAAGACUAAAGAGAGCCUGAGGAGGAAGCGGCUGGAAAGCCUCUUCGAAGAGAUGCGUCUGAAGCUAGAGAACGAAAAAGAAGAGGUCCUGAAAGCUCUCAGUCACAACGAGGAGCAACAGCUUUCUCAGAUUCAGACACAGAUACAAAAACACAAAGAGGUGAAGGAUUCAGCCAGCCGUGAUGUACAGGAACUAGAGGUUCUGAGAGAUCAGAAAGACUUACUUCUUUUCACCAAG